UGUUUUUGUUUUCACUCGUAUAUAAAUAUUUAACUUGCACGGUAAUUAAAUCAGUUCAAUUUAAAAAUUUAAUAUCAGUGUUUAGAGUCGUAAAAUCGAUUGGAAGAAAUGAUAAAAUUCCUUUUUGCAUUGACUUUUAUUGCCUUGGUGGCAGCCAUGGACGAUGAUGCCCAUGCGCAUGUGGAAAAAGCUUUCAAACAAGACGAUGGUCAUGGACAUUUUGCAUUCGGCUUUGAUGUCACCAAUGGCAUUGGAGCCAGCGAAAAGGGCGAUGAGAAGGAGGUCACCGGUGAAUAUCAUUAUGUCACCAAGGACGGUCAUGUCAUGAAAGUGACCUACACUGCCGAUAAGGACGGUUUCCAUCCCCACAGUGAUCUUUUACCAGUAGCCCCACCAAUUCCAGAAGCUAUUCUCAAGGGUUUGGAGUACAUUAGAACCCAUCCCCACAAGGAUGCUGAUAAUUCGCAUAAAGAUGGUCACAAGAAUUAGUGAUUAGUUCAUGAAUGUUGGGGCAUUAUUCAUAAUUAUUUAAAAAAAAAUAUUUAUUUUAUCUAUGGCUACUAAAUUUAAUAAAUUACGCUUAAAAACUGCAUACACAUCCAAAUA